AUGCCUUGGAGUAGCCGCUUAAGAGCAAUAUUUGGAGACCGCAACCGUCACCGGUUGGGUACAAACGAUAACAGCAAUAACAACACUAAUGAGUUUCCUGGCUCAUUCCCAGGAAGAGAAGAAGACGAAGAGGAAGAAGGUAUAGAGCAAGUUUCUAGGAACUCCACCAACUCACAUGCUUUCAGAGAAUCUAUGCACAAGAUUGGUGGAUGGGUGACUUAUCUUCUCAUCCAACCUAUAAUCAUCAUAGUUUUAAUACUAUUUCGACUACUUUCGAAAUUAAUCAGCAUAAUCUACCUUGACCCAUCAAAGUUGAACCGCGAUGAACUAACGGAUCCAAUAGAUAAAGUUUGUAAAUUUGUUCGAAACUUGGAGGAUAAUAUCCCGCCACUGAUAAACAGUUUCCAUCACAACCAACUUCCUCCGUUUUUUGAAGGAAGCUAUACACAGGCAUUAUACAUGGCGACUCAGCGUGGUAAAUUCUUAUUCAUCUACUUGACAAAUUCCCACAAUGAAAGCGCUUCAUUCAUCUUUAAUGAGAUUGUGAUAAACCCCGAGUUUAUCAGGAUAUUUACCCUGCUGAAUAACAAUGUGAUUAUAUGGGGUGGUGAUUUGACAAACCCGGAAGCUUAUCAAUUAGCUAAUAGUUUGAAUGUAACUAAGUUCCCCUUUUUAGGUUUGCUUUGUUUAACUAGAAUUACAAAGAUGACUCCCGAGGGGCCUCAAAAGGAGCCAUCAAAGAUGUCCUUAGUAGCCAAGUUACAAGGUGGUGGAAAUAUCACCAGUUCAAUGCAUAAUGGAGCUGACUUGAUUAAAAGCAAAUUCGUUAGCAAAAUCAACAAGUAUGAACCUGAAUUGAUACUCAUACGCCGAGAAUUAAAAGACAAGUUUAUGACAGAGGUCUUGAAAAAACAACAAGAGUACAACUACCUACAAUCCUUACAAAAGGAUAUGUUGAAAAAGGCUGAAAAGCUAAACGAAGCAAAAACAAAGGAAUACUUGGAAUAUAGAGCGCCAGAUUUCCUCAAUUUGACUGUACAGGCCCCUGACACUGCUAAAAUUGCAUUAAAGUUCCCCAAUUCUACACGACAAACCGUAUACUUCCCAAAAACUAUGAAGGUUGAAGAUAUAUACAUUUAUGUUGAACUAUACAAACAAAAAAUGUUGAAUGGCAAGCUGAGAAGCCGAUUGUCGACAGCAGAAGCAGAAUCCAAGUUCAGCAAUUUUCAGAUGAAGUUCAAUUUCAAAUUACUGUCUCCAUUACCACCAAGAACUGAUCUUUCCACAAAACGCUCCGAUUUAAUUGAAAAUAUCGACUUGAUCUAUCCCAACGGUUUAUUAUUAAUUGAAGAUGAAUAA